AUGGCUGAACAAGUGAGUAGCCAUACACCAGAUGUGGGUGGAGAUCCUUAUCCUGAUGAAACUCUCGAAGAACACAAAAAGAAUAGUGAUAAAGGUAAAGAGAAAGCCACCGGAGCAUGUUCAAAAGGGGAGGCGAAACGUCCCUCAUUCAAAACUUUUAAGAGUAAUGGUGCUACGGAGUUUUCAGGUGUUGUUAAUCCCAUUGUUGUUCUUACCUGGAUCCAGAACACAGAAAAAGUAUUCCGUAUUGCUCAUGUGGUUCAUGAAGAAAAGGCUAAUUAUACUUCUGCAAUGCUCAUCGAAAAAGCCUUGGUCUGGUGGGAAGCAACAUUUGAAGCUCUCAACGAGUAUGACCAAGAUAAUUUAUCCUGGGAAAUGUUCAAAACUCGUUUGCAAGGAAAGUAUUGUCCUCUAGACAUGAGGAGAAGAUUGGAAAAAGAAUUCCUCAAGCUUAAACAGGGAGGCAUGACUGUGAAUGAUUAUGAAACUCAAUUCAAUCAAAAAGCAUGA